GUCCCGAGAAACGCAUACACAACCUCUUCUGUUCGACUUUCGGAAAUCGCAAGAGCCAUAUCUCCCUCCCACAAUUAUCCACAAAAAAAGUUCAUGAUAGAUAUAUAUAUAUAUAUAGUACUUCAUCUUCCGUAAACUCUAUCUAGCUGAUCUAAAUAGGACCUCCGAUCAAAGAUGGCGGAUACCAGCUCUCACUCUGUCCUCUCUUCACCUCGUGACAAUGCCCUCCAAACUCCAUACCUUCACUGCUCAUUGUCGUCUCCUCGUCUUGAAAAUCCUCAGAAAGUUCCAACCCAAUUCCUAUGGCCAGCAGAGGACGUAGAAUGUGCCCUAGAUGAGCUCAAUGAACCAUUGAUAGACCUUCAGGGCUUCUUUCUAGGGGACCAUGAGUCAAUCCUCUGUGCAGCCAAAGAGAUCAAGAAGGCUUGCUUGAGCCACGGGUUCUUCCAAGUCGUCAACCAUGGUAUUGACCCGAGGCUCAUCCAGGGUGCUUAUGAUAACAUCGGGGCCUUUUUCAGGUCUCCACUCGAAACGAAGCUUAGGGCUACCAAGAAGAGAGGCAGCUUAUCAGGUUAUUCGAGUGCGCACAGCGAGCGGUUCUCCUCGAAGUUGCCGUGGAAGGAAACUCUGUCCUUUGGUUUUGCUGCGAGCUCACCUGAUGAAGAGGUUAUCGAGUACUUUAAAUCGGCCCUAGGGCCGGACUUCGGGCAGACGGGGAAGGUGUACCAAAAGUACUGCGAAGCAAUGAAGGACUUGGCCUUGGGAAUUAUGGAGCUGUUAGCAAUCAGCUUGGGAGUCGAGAGACUCCAUUACCGGGAGUUCUUUGAAGACAGCUGCUCCAUAAUGCGGUGCAACUAUUACCCGCCAUGCAAAGAGCCAAGCCAUGUGCUCGGGACUGGCCCUCACCGCGACCCAAAUUCCCUCACCAUUCUUCACGAGGACCAGGUUGGAGGGCUCGAGGUCUUCACUAACGGUAAAUGGCACAAAGUUCGGCCUCACCCAGAUGCCCUAGUCAUCAACAUCGGCGACACUUUCAUGGCGCUAUCGAAUGGCAGAUACAGGAGCUGCUUGCACAGGGCAGUGGUGAACGAGUACAAGGAAAGGAUGUCGCUUGCGUUCUUCUUUUCUCCGGCUGUGGACAAGGUGGUGAGGCCCGUACAAGAUUUGUUGCAUGGAGACAGCGUGUUCCCAGCAAGGAAGUAUCCUGACUUCACGUGGUCGGUUUUCCUCCGUUUCAUCAGAGAGAGCUACAGGGCAGACGGCGACACCCUCCUCCAUUUCUCCCGAUGGCUUCUCUCGCAGUCGCCCGUGAUGCCAUCUCUUCAGGACCCCGAGAUGGGUAGAGACCCAAGUUAGGAUAGGACGGAAGACCAAGAGCAAACGACGACCUAGCUGGUUGAUUAAAAUGAUUUGUAAUUGGUAUAAUAUGGUAAUAUAUAAAAACAAUUAGUAGGCAUGCACAUUUUGAAUAAUCCGAAAUCCGAUUCCUAUUUGAAUUUUACUUUUUCAGUGUGUACUUUAUAGUAUCCGAAAUCCCAACUUGAAUGCUACUCAAGUAGGUUAACUCAGGAAUUUAAUCUAUGCU